UUCUCUCUCUCUCUCUAAAGGUCUAGGGUUAGGGUUUCUGCUUUAUUCUAUGGAUCCUGCGUCUGCAACCUACGGCAAAUCGACUUUCCGUCAUCUCUUUUUCAGACUCCGUUGUCGGUGUACCUGUUGCUGUUACUGUUGUUCUCAGCUCUGAAUUUAUGUCCUAAAGAUAGGGUUUUUUUUAUAUCUUAAUUUUUUGAGUAAAUUUUGGUGGGUUAAGGUUUAGUUUGUGCAUUUUGAGAUUUAAUUCAAUUAUGGAUCUGUCGCACGCACAAUCGGGUCUUUCGUUAGGACUUCACCCAUCCCACCCCUUGCCUGUGGUGCCACGGGCUCCAAUUGCUGAUGAUUCAAUCACAUUACAAAUUGAUUCGAGUUUCCGUGAUCCAUCGCAUUCGGUUCCAUCGAUUCCAUUACAAUUGCUUGAGCAACAACCCGAGAAUCGGGAGAAUGAAGCAGAGGUUGAUAGGGAGAAGGAAAAAGAGGAUGAACAGAGGGAAGAGGAGGAAUUCAGUCUCCUGGGUCAUCCCAUGUGUUUGAAGAGGCGAAGAGAUUCGGAUUCGUCGACAUCGUCAUCUUUGUUGAAUCCUUCGAAGUGGUUUUCGAUUGAACAGGGGCUUGAAAUGAGGAGGGCCGCGGUACGGGCUUGGGGGAAUCAGCCACUCUGUGUUGCUGAUCCUGAUAUUCAUGAAAUUAUGGAGAAGGAGAAGCAGAGACAAUUCAAAGGAAUUGAACUGAUUGCUUCUGAGAAUUUCGUCUGCCGGGCUGUGAUGGAAGCUCUUGGUAGCCAUUUAACGAACAAAUACUCUGAAGGAAUGCCCGGUGCGAGGUAUUAUGGUGGUAACCAAUACAUUGAUCAGAUCGAAUUGCUUUGUUGGGAGCGAGCUUUGGCUGCUUUCCAUCUUGACCCUGAGCAUUGGGGAGUAAAUGUUCAGCCAUAUUCGUGUACGUCAGCUAAUUUUGCAGUCUACACAGGUCUUCUUCUUCCUAAGGAUCGGAUCAUGGGAUUAGAUUCCCCAUCAGGAGGGCACUUGAGCCAUGGCUACUAUACCCCAAGUGGGAAGAAGGUCUCUGGUGCAUCGAUCUUCUUUGAGAGUCUUCCAUAUAAGGUGAACCCGCAUACGGGUUACAUUGAUUAUGAUAAGCUUGAGGGGAGGGCGCUCGAUUAUAGGCCCAAGAUCCUUAUUUGUGGUGGGAGCUCGUACCCUCGUGAGUGGGAUUAUGCAAGGUUCAGACAGAUUUCGGAUAAGUGUGGAGCAGUGUUGAUGUGUGAUAUGGCUCAUAUCAGUGGUCUUGUUGCGGCAAAGGAAUGUAUAAGCCCGUUCGAUUACUGUGAUAUUGUUACCUCCACAACUCACAAAAAUCUCAGAGGUCCUCGUGGAGGUAUAAUAUUUUAUAGGAAAGGAAAAAAGCUGAGGAAGCGUGGCAGUGGUGGUCUUCUGAGUCAUGGAGAUGAUAGUGACCAAUAUGAUUUUGAGGAAAGAAUAAACUUUGCUGUUUUCCCAUCAUUGCAAGGUGGACCUCACAAUAAUCAUAUAGCUGCACUUGCAAUAGCCUUAAAACAAGUGGCUACUCCCGAAUACAAAGCAUAUAUACAACAGGUAAAAAAAAAUGCCCAGGCUUUAGCAUGUGCGUUGCUGAGAAGAAAAUGCAGAUUGGUCACUGGAGGAACAGACAACCAUUUGUUACUUUGGGAUCUAAGAUUUAUGGGGUUAACAGGUAAAAGCUAUGAAAAGGUCUGUGAGGUGUGCCACAUUACUGUCAAUAAAAGUGCUAUAUUUGGUGAUAGUGGUACGAUUUCUCCAGGAGGUGUGAGGAUUGGUACUCCUGCCAUGACAACAAGAGGUUGUCUAGAGGCUGAUUUUGAGACAAUAGCUGACUUUCUCAUUCGGGCUGCACAAAUAGCAAGUAUUGUGCAGAGGGAGCAUGGGAAAUUGCAGAGGGAUUUUCUCAAGGGUCUCCAGAACAACAAGGAUAUUGUUGAGCUUCGGAGCCGAGUUGAAGCUUUUGCAUCUCAGUUUGCAAUGCCAGGAUUUGACAUGUGAUGUGUUUAGGAGGGAAAAUAUUGCUAUUAAUUUUUUAUAUAAUUUUUUUGUGACAGAUAUCAGAAGAGUCUCAUUCAAUGGGAAAAAGAUGCUGUAUAAUAUGUUUCAGUGUAUAGCUCAUCUGUAUGGCUCUGCAUCUGGUAACCUGCGAGUACAUACACUAUGAGUGAAGGAAAAA